CCGCCCGCGCGCGCCCUGCCCCGCGCGCCCUGCCCCGCGCGCACACGCACGGAGGGGCGCGAGCGAGCAGACGCGCACACCCGGCGAGCCAAGUUCCGCAGCCUGGCAUGGCUUCUGGGGACCUUUACGAGGUUGAAAGGAUUGUGGACAAGAGGAAGAACAAGAAAGGGAAGUGGGAGUACCUCAUCCGAUGGAAGGGCUACGGGAGCACGGAGGACACGUGGGAGCCGGAGCACCACCUCCUGCACUGCGAGGAGUUCAUCGACGAGUUCAACGGGCUGCACCUGCCCAAGGACAAGCGGGUCAAGUCGGGGAAGCAGUCGGGCGCCUCCAAGCUGCUGCGGGACUCCCGGGGCCCCGCCGUGGAGAAACUGCCCCACAGGUCUUCAGAGCCCGCCAAGGGCAAAGGGACUUCCCACAAGCGGAAGCGCAUCAACCCUCUGUCCAAGCCCAAGAAGGGGCAUUCCGGCAAGCCCCCCGUGGCCGGCGACAGGGCGGCCAAGACCGUGUCUUACAGGACUACGCCCAGCGGCCUGCAGAUCAUGCCCCUGAAGAAGGCCCAGAAUGGCUUGGAAAACGGGGACGCUGGCUCCGAGAAGGACGAGAGGCAUUUUGGAAAUGGGUCCCACCAGCCGGACUUGGAUUUGAACGACCACGACGGAGAGCAGGAGGCCGGCGACAGUGACGGGACCCACUCGGCGCUGGUGGAGAAUGGGCUCGGCUCUGCUCUGACCAACGGGGGCCUGAACCUGCACAGCUCCGUGAAGAGGAAGCUGGAGGCGGAGAAGGACUAUGUGUUUGACAAGAGGCUCAGGUACAGCGUCCGCCAGAAUGAAAGCAACUGUCGCUUUCGAGACAUUGUCGUGAGGAAGGAAGAGGGGUUCACGCACAUCCUGCUGUCCAGCCAGACCUCGGAUAACAACUCGCUGACGCCCGAGAUCAUGAAGGAGGUGCGGCGAGCUCUGUGCAACGCGGCCACGGACGACAGCAAGCUGCUGCUCCUGAGCGCCGUGGGCAGCGUGUUCUGCAGCGGCCUGGACUAUUCCUACCUGAUCGGCCGGCUGUCCAGUGACCGGCGAAAGGAGAGCACUCGGAUCGCGGAAGCCAUCAGGGACUUCGUGAAGGCCUUUAUCCAGUUUAAGAAGCCCAUCGUGGUGGCCAUCAAUGGGCCAGCGCUGGGCCUGGGAGCCUCCAUUCUGCCCCUGUGUGACAUUGUGUGGGCCAGCGAGAAGGCCUGGUUCCAGACACCCUAUGCCACCAUCCGCCUCACGCCAGCCGGCUGCUCCUCCUACACCUUCCCCCAGAUCCUGGGUGUGGCACUGGCCAACGAGAUGUUGUUCUGCGGGCGGAAGCUCACCGCCCAGGAGGCCUGCAGCCGAGGCCUGGUGUCCCAGGUCUUCUGGCCCACCACCUUCAGCCAGGAGGUCAUGCUUCGGGUCAAGGAGAUGGCAUCCUGCAGUGCCGUGGUGUUAGAGGAGUCCAAAUGCCUGGUCCGGAGCUUCCUGAAGUCAGUACUGGAAGAUGUGAACGAGAAGGAGUGCCUCAUGCUCAAGCAGCUCUGGAGCUCCUCCAAGGGCCUGGAUUCCCUGUUCAGCUACCUACAGGACAAAAUCUACGAGGUCUAAGGGGCCCUCGCUCACCUGCCCCUGUGCUCACGGACACCCGACUUCCAGCUUGGCCCUCUGUUCUGGCCAUUGGAGCCCGGGGUCUGCCCCUACCGAGCGUCCGUCAGGGUGUCUCUUCACACCUAAGGUUGUGUCCAUUCCUGUGUUUGGUUGUUCCUCAUUGGUUUGCUUUUGUUUAACGGGGGGAAAUUGCAGCACACCUGACCUCCCCACCCCCCGCCCCAACUCGCCACAGAGCUCUCGAGGGCUACAUCUUCCCAAGGCUCUGUCAGGUUCUGCUGUCCUUUCCCUGUCUGCCGGAAUGCACCGUUGUGGUCCAGGAGGGGAAGACCACUCUCCCUUGUCCUUCUGACUCAGGCUGUGUCUACACAGUGCGUCUGAUUUAGAGGCCACCAGAGCUCUCUGGUUUAGUGCAGAUUUGUGUGUGGGGGUUGGGGGUGUGACUGUCGUAGGGAAUUCACAGACCAGCGAGCAAGCCAUUGUGUAGACGCGGCUUCAGUCUCCUCUCCAAUGCAAUUCUGUGUGACUAUUAGGGCUUUGGUCUUACAACUGAACUGAGCGAUUUACAAACCCAGAUAUUGUACAUUUAGAAAUGUUUUGUUAAAUAUAUAUUUUUAAAACAGUGUAUGUGGAAAUUCUGAUAAUUUAUGUGUAUUAUAUGUAAAGCUAGUUUUGGAGAAAUACGAACUACUAGGAAACUUUUUUCUUUAUUUGGGCUUAUUUAUUUAUUUUUGUUUAUAUAUUAUGAUGUCUGAUGUUCACACAGAUCUUAUUUUCAUAUUGCCCUGGACCAAAUACCAUUCAAAGUUCAUGCCGUUUGGUGCACUCUAGCAAUGAACCACAUAGAAAAUUCACUUAGAUGAGAACAGAAGGAUUUCUAAGGACGGAAGGAAUAGACCUGCAUCAGGCCCUCUGAGUGUAGCUGUAAUGUCGUCAUACCAGUUCUGAAGUUUUGUUCUUAGGAGAAUCAUGGGGGAAUCUUCUUCUCGCUUGCCGUCUUUAAGGAGGCAAAGGUUUUCUGCCAGUUGGUUGGUCCCAAAGCAGACCC